GUGCCUUGGCCGUUGCUGCUCCUGACCUUGUCGCUGCAGCGUUUAACGACCCUGUCGACGGUGGAGUCGAGGAUGCACAGCGAGGCGGUGCUGUUACCCGGCGACAUCGUGCUGGGCGGACUGUUUCCGGUGCACGAGAAGGGCGGCAAUGCAACAUCCGCGUGCGGCCCCAACAUCUAUCACCGGGGCGUGCAACGCCUCGAGGCGAUGCUGUUCGCUGUCGAUCAGAUCAAUCAGGAGGACAAAAUACUGCCGGACAUCACGCUGGGCGUGCACAUCCUCGACACGUGUGGCCGCGACACGUACGCGCUCAACCAGAGCCUGCACUUCGUCAGGGCGUCCCUGUCCAACAUCGAUAUCAGCGUGCUGGAAUGCGCGGACAAGUCGACACCUAGGGUGAAAAGGACCGCCAAUGCGGGUCCCAUCUUCGGGGUGAUAGGCGGCUCCUACAGCUCGGUGUCGCUACAAGUGGCAAAUUUACUGCGGCUCUUUCACAUCCCCCAGAUAUCGCCGGCUUCCACGGCCAAGGCGCUUAGUGAUAAGACCAGAUUCGAUUAUUUCGCGAGGACGGUACCGCCGGAUACUUUCCAAUCGAUCGCGCUGGUUGACGUGGUGAAGAGCGCCAACUGGUCAUAUGUCUCCACCGUGUAUUCCGAGGGCAGCUACGGCGAGUACGGCAUCGAGGUGUUCACGCGCGAGGCAACCGAGCGUAAUGUCUGUAUCGCGGCCGCGCUGAAGGUGCCCAGCGCCGCUGAUAACAAAGUGUUCGACGACAUCAUCCAGCGUUUGAGCAAGAAGCCGAACGCCCGUGCGAUCGUCCUGUUCACCCGGGCGGAGGACGCCCGCGGCAUCCUCGAGGCAGCGAAACGAUCGAAUCUCAGCCAGCCGUUUCAGUGGCUGGCCAGCGACGGCUGGGGCCGGCAGGGUAAGCUGGUCGAGGGCGUCGAGGAGGAGGCCGAGGGUGCCAUCACCGUCGAGCUGCAAUCGGAAAACAUCCCCGGCUUCGACAAUUACAUGGCGUCGCUCACCCCGGAGAACAAUCGACGGAAUCCCUGGUUCGGGGAGUACUGGGAGGAGGUCUUCGGUUGCACCUUGAAGGGGAACAUAUUGUACGAGCGUUUCAGUUCGCAGGGCGGAUGGAAGGCCGGCUCCAAUAAUCACAGCCAAGACGAAUGCCGGUCUAAUCUCAGACUCACCACGGCGAAUGGCUACGAGCAGGAAUCCAAGGUGCAAUUUGUCGUGGACGCGGUCUACGCGUUCGCCUUCGCGCUCAAUAAGCUGCGCCACGACCUCUGCGGGCGCAGAGAAGGGCUGUGCUCGUCAAUGGCCAACUAUGACCGCGGCGCGUUCUAUAAGAAUUAUCUGCUGAACGUGUCCUUUGUAGACGCCGCUGGCAGUCUGGUGAAAUUUGACGAGCACGGGGACGGCCUGGCGCGAUAUGAGAUCCUCAAUUUCCGUAAGGGUACGAACAACAAUGGCGCAAACGGCUAUCACUAUCGGGUAAGACUCAUUCUAAUCAUCGUAACGCGCCACUAUAUAUCAUCGCCGAUGCAUAAUUGUUUCAUAUUUAUGACCGUUUACGUCAGAUGGAGCAGCGCCUUCGCCAUCGCACCUGCGGUGAUAUCCUGCUUAGGAAUCGUGGCGACCCUGGCGGUGGCGUGCUUGCUCUUUCAACACCGCGACACCCCGGUGGUCCGUGCCUCCGGACGAGAACUCACCGUGAUACUGCUGGCGGGGGUUCUGGUGUGCUACUUGAACACCUUCGUGCUUCUCGCCACGCCGACCACGGCAACCUGCGUUCUCCAGCGUUUCGGCGUCGGCGUGAGCUUUAGCGCCGUGUACGGCGCCCUGCUCACCAAGACCAACCGGAUCGCCAGGAUCUUCGACUCGGCCUCGAGAUCUGCCGUCAGGCCGCGAUACAUCAGUCCCACGUCGCAAGUCUGCAUCGCGGCUGCGCUGAUCGCCUUCCAAGUGGUGCUCACGCUGGUCUGGAUGAUCAUCGAGCCGCCGGGUACCAGAUACUCGUAUCCGGAUCGUCGCCAAGUGAUCCUCAAGUGCAACAUCCAAGACAUGAGCUUUCUGUUCUCCCAGCUGUACAACGCCCUGCUGAUCCUCAUCUCGACCAUAUACGCGGUGAAGACGCGCAAGAUUCCGGAGAAUUUCAACGAGAGUAAAUUCAUCGGCUUCACCAUGUACACCACUUGCAUCAUCUGGCUCGCUUUCGUGCCGAUCUACUUCGGCACCGGGAACGCCCACGAGACGCAAAUCACGACACUUUGCGUGGCGAUCAGUCUGAACGCGUCAGUCACCCUGGUAUGCCUCUACUCGCCCAAGGUCUACAUCAUCGUCUUCCAGCCGGACAAGAAUAUACGCGGCAAGGUCUACAUGGGCAGCACGUUCAAGAAGCAGGGCAGCAGCGCCGGCGCAUCCUCCAUGACGAAAUGUGAGACUAACAUUGCUCUCCUUGAUAAUCAACUCGUGAUCCUUGUGUCCACUUAUCUUCAUUUUUUUCAUCAAUAA